AUGGCUGAUUCUCAAAUGACUGGAUGUUUAGAUAUUUUUUCUAAACAAUUAGGAAGUGCUUCGACGCUGGAAAAUCCUUCGGAUGACUUUUAUAGUGAAUCUGAAUCUCUUUCGGAGUUCGAAAAAACAUUAUCGCGGAUUGAUGAUAUUACCGUCAAAAUCAAAUUGAUCGGCAAUAGGCCUCUGGUUUGGAAAGCAGAAGAAUGGUUAAAACUACAAAAAAAUCGAAUACAUGGAACACUGAUAGGCACUCCUGCAAAUUUUCCAAAGCAAGUAUCUGAAAAUGGUCUACCUCUGUUACUUCUUCCUGAAGAAGUGACGCUGAUAAUUGAAAAGAAUCUGGGGAAAAUUUACAGGUAUAACAAAAACAGGACAUUUCCAAGUGAUAAAGUGAAAGAAGAAUAUCAUGAAUAUUUAAGAAAAAAUAAGGAAGAACAGGAGGCAUAUUAUAAAAGAUUAUGCAAGGAACAAGUACUUGAAAGGAUUGAUCUUAUAAUUGAGGGGAAAAAAAAGAAGAGUCUGUCUAAACUACAAGGUAAUGAAGGAACAACUUCUGAGCCUGAACUUGAUAGAGAAGCACUUAUACAAAAUGAGAUUGAUAGAAAGGUGAAAGCAGCCACUGCUUCACACUUGAUACAAAUUCCAACAGCUAAUCCCUGGUUAACCGUGAAAGAUCUGGAACAAGUCGAAUGGACUUACCCUGAAACAUCCAAAGAAAAGCUGAAAUAUAGAAUAUUUAAAGAUCUUUAUGAAAAAGGAUAUUCGUUGACACCUUGUGCAAAAUUUGGUGGGGAUUUCCUUGUUUAUCCAGGAGAACCUUGGAAGUUCCAUGCAUAUUUCAUUGUAGUGUGCCUUGAAUUUGAGGAAGAAUUCAAGCUUAAUGAUCUAGUUUCAAACUCAAGAGUUAGUGUUUUCACGAGGAAAAAUUUGGUUUUGGCUAGCAUUGAUGAAAAUGAUGAAAUAUUUUACAACACUCUAACUUGGCCUACCAAAAUAUCCGAAUAG